UCACAGUUGACACCUUGUUCUAAAGAAACGCACUACUUAUAUUUCACCCCAGCUUUGCUAUGGCUUUAAACAUUGCGUCAAUACGAGACACAAAAUGGCUGACUCUGGAAGUGUGUCGGCAGUUUCAGAGGGGAACAUGCUCACGUAGCGAUGAGGAAUGCAAGUUUGCGCAUCCACCGAAGAGCUGCCAGGUGGAAAACGGAAGGGUGAUUGCCUGCUUUGACUCCUUAAAGGGCCGAUGUACGAGAGAGAACUGCAAGUACCUCCACCCGCCAGCACACCUGAAGACCCAAUUAGAAAUCAAUGGACGCAACAACCUCAUCCAGCAGAAGACAGCAGCAGCCAUGUUGGCUCAACAGAUGCAGUUCAUGAUCCCCGGCACUACCAUGCAGCCAGUGCCUACGUUUCCAGUAAGCCAAGGUCUGGGAUCAAAUCCUGGCAUCAGCUAUACGCCAUAUCUGACCCCCAUGAGUCACGGCAUGGGCCUCGUUCCGACAGAGAUGCUCCCAAGCACCCCGGUCAUUGUCCCUGGAAGCCCGCCUGUCAGUGUGCAGAGCUCCUCCUCCACGCAAAAACUGCUACGGACAGACAAACUGGAGGUGUGUCGCGAGUUCCAGCGAGGGAACUGCGCUCGAGGAGAAACGGACUGCCGUUUCGCCCACCCUAGCGACAGCCCCAUGAUUGACACCAGCGACAACACCGUCACCGUCUGCAUGGACUACAUCAAGAGUCGCUGCUCACGCGAGAAGUGCAAAUAUUUUCAUCCCCCGGCUCACCUGCAGGCCAAGAUCAAAGCCGCCCAGCACCAGGCCAAUCAGACAGCCGUGGCAGCGCAGGCCGCAGCCGCAGCCAUGACUCAGUCGACUGCCAAAGCAAUGAAGCGACCCCUCGAGGCAACUGUAGAUCUGGCUUUCCCCCACGGCGUUCUUCAGCCUCUACCAAAGAGACCGGCUCUGGAGAAGAGCAAUGGGGCCAGUACACUCUUCAACCCCAGCGUUUUGCACUACCAGCAGGCCCUGGCCAAUGCACAGCUACAGCAGCCUGCGGCCGCAUUCUUUCCUACAGGGUCAGUCUUGUGCAUGACUCCUGCUAGCAGCAUUGUACCCAUGAUGUACAGUGCUACGCCUGCUACUGUCUCUGCAGCAACAACUCCUGCCACAAGUGUCCCCUACGCAGCAACAGCACCAGCCAAUCAGAUCAUCCUGAAGUAAACCGCAGACGAGGAACAAGGUGUCAAGAAGCUGCACUGCAUAACCCAAAACAACCCCUCUGUAAAUACAGCCUCCC